GUCAUGGAGGGGAGGUGUAGGUGAGAGAGAGAGAGAGAGAGAGAGAGAGAGAGAGAGCUGCAGGAAGAUUUUUUUAUUUUUUUUUUAAUCGGUGACACAACAUGGGUUGACCAAAGGGGGGGAAUGCAACAACACCAUCGCGAUCUGACUGUUUAGAAUCACCUUGCUGUGUGAAGGUGCUCACCAUCGAGCAGCUCUGAGCCGGAUUCCAUUUGUGAAGUUUUAUUUAUCUCACAGUGGAUGUGAAGCCACUGCUGGAACGCGCAGACGUCCGCGUUUCUAUUGGCUGUUUGCAGCGUCGCUCAGAGGAAUGACGGAUUUUGCUGCUAUAACCAGCUGAUGCUGAGACUUUGAGCACGGAGCCUCCGAAGAACUGUUGACGGUACACUGACACCCUGUCAUCGGCGUUGUGCCUGCGGAUUCGGUCUCCUCCUCAUCCAAAGACUGAGUGAGUAGGAUAUUUGAUCGUGUCACGACGCACAGGCCCGGGUUUUCCCCCCACCGUCGCUCCACAUGAUGUGUAUUCGUCUUCCCACAUCAUCAUUUUCAUGGGCAUGAUGCUCCGUGCUUCACAGAUUGAGCUUUCUCACCUCGCGCAGGCGACACAUCACAUCUACAGGUGCACCCGUGUGGAGACAGGCACCAAGACACGGAAUAAAGAGACGACUGAAAAAUAAAAACAGAUACACUAAAGAAACUGACAUUACCAAAAAAAAAAAAAAAAGAAAGGUGUGGAAGAGAGCCGGCGAGUGAGGCGUAGAGGAGCUGUCGCGGAAGAGGAGUGAAGAUGGGGCGCGGCCAGACGUUCGCCAUGUAUCUCCUGGAGUCUGCAGUUCACUCUGUCAGCCGCCGGUCGAGGCGGGAGUCUCCUCACUAAAACCCGAGCAGCUCAUUUCACCUGCUGGAGGAGCCCCCACCCUCGGUGAUGUGAUGAAUAAGUUUGAAGUCCUUGGCAUUGUGGGAGAAGGAGCCUAUGGCGUGGUGCUUAAGUGCAGGCAUAAGGAAACCAACGAGCUGGUGGCCAUCAAGAAGUUCAAAGACAGCGAAGAAAAUGAGGAGGUCAAGGAGACAACGCUCCGGGAGCUGAAGAUGCUCCGGACCCUGAAGCAGGACAACAUCGUGGAGCUGAAGGAGGCUUUCCGCAGGAGGGGGAAACUCUACCUUGUCUUUGAAUAUGUCGAGAGGAACAUGCUGGAGCUUUUAGAAGAACUUCCCACCGGUGCGCCGCCCGAUAAAGUCCGCAGCUACAUCUACCAGCUCAUCAAAGCCAUCAACUGGUGUCACAAGAAUGAGAUAGUGCACAGAGAUAUAAAGCCAGAGAACCUCCUCAUCAGCUCUGAGGAUGUCCUCAAACUCUGUGACUUUGGUUUUGCUCGUAACCUGUCUGAAGGAACAGAUGCCAACUACACCGAGUACGUGGCUACAAGAUGGUACCGCUCGCCUGAGCUGCUGCUGGGAGCUCCCUAUGGAAAGGCAGUGGACAUGUGGUCGGUGGGGUGUAUCCUCGGGGAGCUGAGUGAUGGACAGCCCUUGUUUCCAGGGGAGAGUGAGAUUGAUCAGCUCUUCACCAUUCAGAAGGUCCUCGGGCCACUUCCCGCAGAACAGAUGAAGCUCUUCUACAACAACCCUCGCUUUCAUGGAAUCAGGUUCCCCUCAGUUACUCAUCCCCAGACGUUGGAGAGAAGGUAUCAAGGCAUCAUGAGUGGACUGAUGUUGGAUUUAAUGAAGAAUCUGUUGCUGUUAAAUCCUACUGAGCGUUAUCUAACGGAUCAGAGUUUGAACCAUCCAGCCUUCCAGCCUCUGAGGCAGGUGGAGAGAGAGAGGCCUCCUCCUGCGUCCCCUAACCCGCCACGCUCCUCCAAGAGGAAAACACACCAUCACGGAGAGAACACAGUCCCUACGCGGAGUCACAGUAAGAGCACAAGCCGUCGCUCCAAUAGCAAAGAAUGUUCCAGCCUCCCUCGACAUGGGGACCUUCAUCACCUCGGCAAUGAGAAUUUCCUCAAUGGCAACAAACCGGCCCCGUCCAGUUUAAGUCCUACACUCCACCCCAAGGGCCAGUACAUGUCCCAGACCCUGAAUCGUUCUGCCUCAUCCAACAAAGACCUGGCUAACAACAACUUGCCACACCUCCUCAGUCCCAAAGAAGCAAAAAAUAAGACAGAGUUUGAUUUCAGCUUGGGACCCUCUCCAAAGCUGUCGGACCAGGGACACGGGGCCAAGUACGGCCACAGCAAACCCGGUUCCUCUCGGUCUCAGCAGCAGCAACAGCAGCAGCAGGCCAGCCGCCACACUUUCUUCGAAAACAAGACCAACACACUACAGUCUGGAGCGGAGAAACAACAUGGCCGACAUGCUCACAAUAUGGCCGACUCUGCCCAUGGAUCCAUGUCCUCGUCCUCUAAGAGUUCAGCGUCUUAUCUCAGUCUGUCCAAGAGCCACAGCGCGCUGAGUGAUGCCAAAUCGGUGGGGAACCUCAGCGAUGGUCGACUCCACCCGGAUGACCCAAACUCCAAUGCAACAGCUGGAGUGGGACCUAGUGCCCGCUUCUUCCCCGCCAGCUGUUUAGAACUGAACACCCCAUCAGGUCCUCAGGGACCCCCCGGCAGCCCCUCUGCUCGACACAGCGACCGAUCAGGGCACAGCCCCGCCUCUCGUAGCAGUGGCAACGCCCGCAUGGAGAGCAGCACACUGGACUCUUCAUCCAGACACAAAUCCAGACAUAAAGCAUUGGCUCCAGAGGAUGCUAACGCCCCAGAGCUCUUAGACCCAGGAGGAGCCGGGAUGCCCUCCACUCACACUCUGCCUUCCCCACAUGAGUCUUAUCACUACGGCCUGGGCUAUACCUCCCCCUUCUCCUCUCAGCAAAGGCCUCAGCGCCACUCCAUGUACGUGAGAAGGGAACGCCACCGACCACACGCCGCUGAGGGCGGGAUGGCGGGCUUGCCUCCACCUGGUCAGGCGAUACCGACACGAGCCAGUAGCCUGCAGCUCCUCUCCCCACAGCUGCAGCACCGGACCACCCUCACUGGGCACUCAGUGAGCUCUUCAAGGGAGGACUGCACCGACGACAUGACGAGGAGUGAGCAGUCCCCUAAAGACAUGAGCCACCCUUGUGCCCCCAUCAAAGACUCUACGCGGGACAACACUGCUGCUUUUCAUACACAGCGCUCUAAAAACGAGGUGGGUAUGUAUCACGACCCUCAUGUUGAGGAUGGAGGUUCAUCCAAGGAGAACCGGAUGAUCUUCACUGAGUCCAUGCCCCGGAGAGUAGGCAGCUUCUACCGAGGUGAGGAACAGGAAUCACCACAAGACAAUCUGUGUGUAGUGUGGAACCACAUACAGCAGCAGAAAAGUCAGUCAUUUAGGAAAGUCCCUUCUCCCAGACCAGAUAACUCUUCUUUCCACGAUGGCGUCGGGCAGGGUCGCGGGCCGGUUGUGCCCGUCGUCCCCGGAGACCCUGUUGCCAUGGCAAACCACUCCAAACGCCAGACAGCUUUUGACUGGACCACUGCGGAAGCAAUGGUCAUGAAUCCUCCAGAGCCCACCAAAGAGAAAGAAAAGCAAGGCUUCUUCAGAGCCAUUAAAAAGAAGAAGAAGAAGACACAAAUAACGGACAUGGAGGACGGAAGGAACCCCAGCAUCAAGAAAAGCCUUUUCCCCCUCUUUAGCUCUAAGAAUAGCUUAAAGCACAACUCAGCUGUCAAAGUCCUACCUGUAGUCGCCUCGCCUAUGGUUCCCGGGAACGGGCAGGAACACCUGUCCCUGCAGAGGAGCUCCAAGUCGUCCUCUCACCACGGCAGCCGCCGGAAAAACCGCGAGCGAUCCAGAGACAGGGAGCGGGAGCGGGAGCGGGAGCGGGAGCAGAGCCGGGACAGAGACCGAGACAGGGAGAGGGAGAGAGAACGGGAGCGAGAAAGAGAGAGAGAAAGGGAGAGAGAGAGGGAGAGAGGAAGGGAAAGAGAGAGAGUCAAUGACUGGCCGCCAGAGAAAGCAGUGGACUCGCACUCUCAGAGCCAACCUCUCAAGUCGCUCCGUAGACUUCUUCACCUCUCCCCUUCCUCCUCGAACCAAGGACAGCCACCUCCUCCAGACCUGCGCUUCCAAGCCCCCCUCCCCAACCCACCGCGCCCCUCCGCUCACCGCUCCCCAGUCGAGGCGGGCACCCCGAGGAGCAGGGGCCACUCUGUAGCACCUCAGCCGGCUAGAGCCCCCAGUCCCCUCCCCGGACAGAUCGAGUCCAGCUGGCACGUGUCCGCUUUGCAGCGGGCCGAGGGCGCUCAGUUCACCCCGGAGCAGCUGGGCAUCAAGCCGGGGCAGAACGGACCCACCUUUACCCGAGCCUCCCGCACCCGGAUGCCAAACCUCAACGACCUGAAGGAGACCGCCCUGUAAGGAAGGACCCCCCCCCCCCCCAAAAAAAACACUCCACCUCCAAUAUGACUCCAUCGUGGAAGCAUCUGCCGGACGCAGACAUCAUGGUACCGUAGUAAAAGUUUACAUGAGAGCCUAUUUCACUGGAUCGAGACCUCAUUGAGAAAUGUAGUUGACCAUUGAUGCCCAUGUCUGUGACAUCUCCAGAGACGAGAAGACAAAGAUCGGUUACAGUGUCGUUUAGGGAAACAAAGAAAAAGACUACUUAGGAUGCCAGUACUGUAUCAGUCCUUUGUUAUUCUCUUUCUCUAUCGACAUCAGAAUAAGCUGACCUAUCCAUCAAGGAGACACUGCCCACGUGGCCUCUUUGCUGCCAUCUUCUGCUCACAGGACACAACUGCACCACAUCAGACUGCAGUGGCCAAUAAACUGUAAUGUUUUUCAAGCUCUGAUAUUUGAUAAGAACAAAAAGAAAAAAAAUAACAACAACAACAAAAAAAAAAGCUAUUUAUAUCAACAUUAUUUAUUAAAUAUUUAUUUGUUUUAAAUUCAAGGAUAUAAGCUAUAAAUGACACAGUAUGUAGGCUAUAUGGGAAUAUUAUAAGGUAAUAUAGAAUUAAAUGUGUAAUCGCAAGAGCUUUAGUUUCGACACAAAGAACUGCAUAGAUAUUUAUGUGCUGAUAAUACAAUAUGUCACAAGGAAUAUUUAAUAAUGGUGAAUGUCCUUUUUUUUUUGUUCAAUUUGAUAUGUUGUUAACAGAUUUUCAUAUUGUGUUAUUUAUACCUUUUGUUUUCUCGUUUGUUUCAUCGAGAUGUAAAGAAAAUACUGACGACUGACGUUAUAUCUAGUACAAAUCUGCCCAUCAACCUCAUGACAUCGGUUCUGUGACAAGUCGGGCUAUUUUGUCAACGGGGUUCGGUAGCAGAUCAGCCAGAGUGAGACUGUUAGGCUCUGUGCUUUUUUCAUACAGUUAUUGUCAGUUCAAUUUAUGUCCCCCAUUUUAAAAAUAACCCCCACCUUCGGUCUUUUAAGUUCUUUUAUCAGUGACAACAGCUUUCCAGCUCCAUGCUGCCAUGUAGGUUUUGUCUUCAGCCUUAAAAGCAAGUAAUGGGCGUCUUUGCCCACAUCGCCUCGCAGCACCCGGUGAGAGAUUAGCCUCUCAAACUGUGGUUUAACUAACAUGAUAUAGAACAUUUUCGGUGAUUCAUAGAUGGUCGGAGAGUUCUCUGCAAAAAGGCAUACCUCACCUUCAGUCUUUAAGAUCUUAAAGGAUAAAUCUGGUUUUCUUUUUGUAUUGUCAGAAAUUCCCACAGUCUUGUGUUUCUGUGCAAUUGACCAGAAUUUGUUCUGUAGGAACCGUCUGAGCCACAGACAGAUCGGGGAAAAGGAUGAAAGUUGUAGUGAAAAGUACUCAGUUUGAAAGUAAUCCCUUAAAUCCAUACAGUCUGUAGGAAAGUGAAAGAGAUUUAAAGAAGUAUUAUUAUCUAAUUGUGUCAACGAGUCUGGUAACAUGGGACUAGUUUCAACCACAGAGUGUAUAUAAAUAUGGAUGACACGUCCCCACUUCCAUGCACUGGCCAAACUGAUGCUAGUUUCCUGGGGAUACGGGCGGCGUCAUCUUGCAAGUUUGGAGCCAAAGUCUGUGCAGUACGGUCCGAGAGUGGACUCGUGUUUUCAUUUAAUUAAUACUGCGCUUUGCUCUACCUCCACCAGUCACAAAGAAAUGCUGGAUUAUACACUACACGUAUUUAUUGAUUUUUUUUCGCCAACUCUCACGGUCCUGCGCAAAAGCUUCACAGAGUGGUUGGCAUGGCAACUUGUAGCCGUCAUUAUGUCACGUCCUGUUCCCAUAUCAUCGUAACUAAUUAAAAAUGAAACUUAUCGUAAUGCAUCAGCAUUAUAUUAACUACAUAAAAUGACAGAACACAUCCUGGGGAAAAAAAUAUUUGAUGUAUAUUUUAGUGUUUUAGUUUGACCCAUCAAAUAACACUGAGGUAUUGGAACUCAUGACCCAUACUGCAGCCAGUCACCAGGGGGAGCUGUACUUGCUUUGGCUUCACUAUUUUUAUACAAUAUAUGGUUUCAACUGCUAGAGAGAAGAAAAUACCUCAUCACACAGUUGUAUAGUCCUAAAACCAGUCGGAGCCACUUAGUUCUAAACGUAUUCAAGUCCACGGCGCUGUCCAUCGCUGCAUAAAGUCCACCCACACAUCAUGAUCAGUUACCACCAGAGCGCUUCCAGACCAACUUUCCGCAACAACAAAAUAAUUUGCGGGCAAGGAAGCUGGGUUGACUGCACCAGGCUAAUCUAAUAACAACACUGGAGACUGGAGGUUUCUGACAAUACAAAUGAAUUGAAAUGAAAAACACCAGAUUUGUCCCUUGAUAUGUCUGUUUACAUUUUGCGUGCGCAUCGAGUGAAUUGAAAAGCUUGCGUUGGCAAGGUUUUUGUACUUCUUUUUAACAUCGACGCUCAUGAUCAGGGAUGAUUUUACUUAACUUUAUUGUAUAUGGCAGCAUUUACUUCUUACUCGUCUGAACUGUGGAUGAUUUACUAGACUCUGCUCACGACCUGGGCAAAGUUAAUGGUGGUAGUUUCUAUUCCAGUCUUUGUCCUUUAUUCCUCCCUCCUGAGCUGUGUGAAUUAGGGGCACACGGAAAGAGGGAACAAAAUAACUAUGGAGGACUAAAAAGAGAAUUUGGUUUAAAGAACUGUAUGCUGUCUGGCAUUUGUUGAGAACAUUAAAACACGAGCAGAAAAAAAAAGAAAGAAAGAAGGACCGAUUUAGUACACGGCUGAUUGAAAGCAAUAACAUUGAGAAAGAGACUCAGAGUGAUGCAGAUUGCGCUAGCCAAAUCAGCGGCUAGUUAAAUUGGAGCCAAAUAUAGCACAGGGAAUUAUUUCCAGCUGGAGACUGUGAUUAAAAAAGUGUCCAUUUAUAUUAUCACGACAUCAUUCUGCAAUAUAUUUUUUAUUUGUCCUUGAACCAACAACAGGUACAACUGCCCACUUUGUGCGUAUUAUAGAAACUUGAUUGCUAAUGAUUGUAAAUGACGGCUGAGUGGGUUUGUUUUUAUCGUCAGUGAGAUGGAGUGAUGACAAAGCUUGCCUUGCCAGUGACCCGAAGCCUUACUCGCUCAACACUUCAGAUGGAAACGGAGGCUUCGUCCGCCAGCAAGUCACGCACCCUGACAACUGAGGCGAAGAUUUUUGUGUUCACAAAUAUGAAUGUGUUGAAUGUGUAAAAACAUCAUUUUAUUUCUUCUGUUUUUCUCCAUCGAACUGUUUCCCACUUCUGACAGGGUGUAAAUAGAAAUAAUAAGAGUGUAUCUAUACUGAUCGUUCUACUUUAAAAGCGAUAGGGUCUCAUAAUAAAUGCCAACUGUCCAUUUUUGAA